AUGGAUCAGUCGUUCGAGCUUCCCGAUUCCACCGAUUGGUUGGCAACGCCACUUUCACUACUUGCGCCGUUCGAAUCCUCAUUACGAUGUCAAGUCUGCAAAGACUUCUUCGAUAACCCCGUUAUUACUUCCUGCAGUCAUACAUUCUGCUCGCUGUGUAUUCGCCGUUGCCUCAGCGCCGAAGGCAAGUGUCCAGCAUGUCGGAGCUCCGACCAAGAGCUCAAGCUACGUCGCAAUUGGGCAGUGCAGGAACUCGUCGACGCGUUUAAAUUGGCACGACCUAGUGUACUGGAUCUUGCGAGGAGGGAAAAUGCGCGCCUCGCUAGAGGAGAAGAAGAAAUAGAAAAGCCGGCCCAGAAGAAGCGGAAGGUCAAGCAGGUGGAAGAGGAGCUCCAUGUCCCAGAAACAAGUUCGCAAGGCCGACGGACUCGCUCUCAAAGAUCCACAAAUAGCUCGGCAGAAGAGGGAGCUAUUCCUCAGAUCGUGCCCGAGGUCAUUGAGGAUAGUCAGGACGAUGAAGAAUAUAUGCCCGAAGAUGGGUUGGUUGCUUGCCCAAUAUGCUUCCGAAAAAUGAAGGAAGAGGCAGUGUUUCCACACCUGAACGUGCACCAACAAGAAGAAGAGACGCCCAAAAAAUCCCCUACGAGGCCAGCAUCUUUCGGGUCAUUAAAAGGCACAUCCCAACGAGGCCUCACCCUCCCCGGAAAACAGCCCGAGCGGCUUCCGGCUAUAAACUACUCCAUAUUAAAGGAUAACUCACUGCGGAAGAAGCUCCGAGAUCUCGGAAUCCCGGACUGGGGGCAGAAACAGCUCUUGCAGAGACGUCAUACCGAGUGGAUGAACUUGUGGAAUGCAAAUUGCGACUCCAAACACCCCAAGUCUAAGCGGAUAUUGCUCCAGGAACUGGAGGUUUGGGAACGCACGCAGGGUGGACAUGCGGCGGUGCCGUCAGCAUUCACCUCUUCCAAUAAUGUGAUGCGCAAGGACUUCGAUGCCAAUGAGUGGUCAAACAACCACGAUGAUGAUUUCAAGCGUUUGAUCGCAAAUGCGCGUAAAAAGAGCGAGGCGCAAGUACGAUCGACUAUCCCCGAAGCAUCUUCGUCAUCUGCACGCCAGGAGGGUGCUGGUUUACCCGUGAAUGGUGCAUGCGUUGAGCUCAACCCAGACACCGAUGCUAAUCAUGUCGUUGAUCUAUCUGGGUGA